AUGUUGGACCGUAGGGACUCGGUCAUCCAAAGGGAUGAGAAACUCGAGCAAUUGGUUGCGAACCUCCCAGACCACGUCUGGCAGCGAAUCGCCUCAUAUCUCAAUCCAGCCGACGUCGCCCGCCUCUCCCUCACCACCAAAACGUUCCAGAAAAAGGUCGGCGGUGACCCGCUGCGCGUCCUCGCCCUCCCCGAAAACCACCACCACCUCAAUUUAUUCCUGAGCGACUUGGAUCGCUACUACCCAAAUCACCUGCACUGCUUCCCUUGCGCAAAGUUCCACCGUAGAAUCCGCAAGGGCCACGAGAGACUCAAGACAGACUUCGUCGCCAACCCACUCUACAACUGCCCCAAAGUCUACUCCUCCUACCUCCCCCGCAUCCGCCUCGUCCACGGCCACCAACUCCCCUACUCCUUCAUCCAACUCGCCAUCCGCCACGAAAUCUAUUCCAAAAACCACGGCAUCGACCCCGAACUGCUGUGCCAGCGCUGGCGAGACACUGAGACCGGCUGGACGCACACUACGCGGUACACCGUGCACGACGGACAUCUCCUCGCCCGCGUCCGGAGCCAGGUAUUUGCGGCGCCGGGCCUCACGCAGACAUCCAUGCGCCAUCUCCUCUACGAUCCGCGAGACGACUAUCUGCCGUACUUCUCCGUCUGUGCCCACUGGCGCGACGGCGAGCUGAUGCGCAUCGUCAAGUGCGCGCUAUCGCAUAUUCCCGAGCCACCGCAGAGCUACCUCCGCCAACUCAGGUCCCAUCCCAUGUUGAGUCGAUCCCUAGCGCAUCCGAAUUAUCUGGCGGUCAUGUGCGAUUUCUGCCGGCCAGCGCGGAGGUGCCCUGAAUGUCCGACUGAAUACCUGGUAGAGGUGAAACUGACGGAAGAUAAAAACGACGCGAUCAAUCCUUUCAAGCAUGCGCUAGUGGUGACGCGCUGGAGUGAUCUGGGCGACGGGAGUGGACCGACUGCAAGCCCCGAGUACUGUGCUGUGCAGGGGACCAAGGCGGAUUAUGACAGUUUCACCCAUGUAGGGAGGAGGGCGACUGCGGGCAUCUUCGAGUCGAAAAUGAGCCAUGCGAUUCCCGGACAGCGGAUGAUUAGCUUGAAUCCGAGGAAUCGCAAGCUCGGGGAGGAGGGACAUGGGUGGUACUAG